UACACACCUACACACCACACAUGUGGACUAGGUCAAAUUCGUCACGGUUGAUCCACAGAGCCUAUGGAGGCUGUAAUAUGUUGAAUUUUAAUGGACUGACACUGUUACAGCUCAGGAAUUCUACUUUAUCUCCCUAAAGACACACACAGAUUAUUUUUAGAAAGUGACAAUUAUGGCACAGAGUUCGUGGCCGGACAACAUUGAGAAGAUCUCCAUACUGCUAUCUAUCUACCUAGACAGAAAGGUGACAGGGAGUCGGGACGAAAUCAACAACAGGAGACAAGUUAUGGUCACCGAGGAAGGGAUACACAAUAGGGGCCAAAACAACAGUACGUUUCUGUACGGGAGUGUUUCCGAGGGAUUCAACCUGCCAGAUUCGGACACGGACAUUGUGAUAGUUGACAACCGUGUCAUGGCAACGUAUCCUGGACAGAGAGUUCAGUCAGUAGAAAAGACUGUGUUGUAUAUAAACGAGGCCGGCUGCCAACCUGGGUAUGUAACCUUACAACUCAUCCGAACUGGACCAAUGUGCAGCACAGUACUACAAAAUUCAAUCAUACCAGUGGGGGAUGAUCAGUUUGUGUCAUGCGACAUCUUCCAAGAAUUAACGGUGAAGAAAUACAGAGAGAUGGGAUUACCGAGUCAAUCUAUCGGGCGGAGAUAUAAUUUUGAUAAAUUUAACUUUGUACACAGCUUCCACUGUGACAGUUGGCCUAUGGAGGCUAGUGAAUGGGCGAGCCGUACACGACUUCAUGGAUGGCCGCCACAAACGUUGGUAGAAAAAAUCAUACAAAAAGGUUGUCAUCUUGUCCCAAUUAAAGAUCGAAGUUUAAAGGAAAAAUCACCACAAUGGAAGAUAUCGUUCGCACCAGCAGAAAAAGCCUUAGUUUACUCUUUCAGCCAAGUCCAAUUAAAAGUUUAUUGCUUGCUGAAAUAUUUCUUUCAAGAAAUCAGAGAUGUACUGACGAAAAGCACCGGAGUCAACAAUAUUUUAUCAUCAGAUUUCUUAAGAACAGUCAUGUUUUUCGUAAUAGAAAACUCAUAUCAAAAUAUUUGGCAAGAACAAAAUUUAUUUUUCUGUUUCUGGUUUUGCGUCAAUACUCUGAUAACCCAUGUUAAGACAGGACACUUGCCGAACUACUUCAUUCCGGUGAACAACAUGUUCCUUGGAAAAGCCACCAGCAAAUAUCGAAAAAGACUUUUCCACAUUCUAAAUUAUUUUCAUAAAAAUAAAUUACUUUGCCUAUCUUUUGGUAAAAUGUUUCAACCAUCUUUUUUUGAAAGGAUUUGUGAUGUAACCAUACAAACGGAACUUAAGUACCCACAAACUGCUAGAGAGAUUGAGUAUCAAAGGGACAUGAGCAUUAUAUUUGGGUCGGCAUCUAUUUGUAAUCGGCCCGCUUCCAUGACGACAUCAAUGACUUUACUAAUGAAAUCGCAAUCCGAGGUCGGGCAAGUAAUCGGUUACGGAUAUACAUUGAAGAAUAUUUCCUUAUUUGCCCAGCGAAAUUAUCGACACCAUGUGACUAGAUCUACAGGUAACAAGAGUAGGUACAAGAUGAGGAGGAAGUCCAGACACCAGAUAAAAAUAUGCUCCUCCAUGGGAACUGGUACUGAAAUCUUGUACUUAGCCACCUUUUAUUUCCUGACAGGGAGCUACAGUAAGACCCUACAGUUAUGUACAUGGGUCAUGUCACAGCCAUCUUACUAUACCGAGGGUCUAAACGAUCUACCACCGAAACAAAAAACAUCAUACCUACACGAUUUCUGUGGGAAGGGCUAUACAUUGAUUCACAAACUGAAGAAAACACAGACAAAAUCUAUCUGUUUUGUAAAGGAAUGUCUAUUUCUACCGCAGCUUCAACCAGAGGUGGUAAAAAGCCCGUCCGGUUUGUUUGUUCCUCCGCUUCCGUAUGCUGUGUUUCUUUCCUUUCUCUGCUGUCACGAGCUGGGAGAUACAAAAGGACGUGAAGCAGCACUGUGUUACCUGAUAGUGGUCAAGUAUGACGACCUACAGGGGGCACAGAAACACUGGGUCGUUCACAAUCUCCUGGGGAUAUGCUACGAAACUUUAAGUGACAAUCGUCGAGCAAUCCGAGCUUACUUUGAGUCUGCUCAAACAAAGACGAUGUACCAUGACUUCAAUCCUGCCUUGGAGAGGAUUGAGGCUCUACAGAGUUCAGACAGAACUGGAAGUUUAAACUACUAAUGAUCACUGAUCAGAUGCCAGUUAGACCCUGUAAGGCUGUAGUUCGUUUUUAGCCGCGACAUGGUAGUAAACGUAUAUAUUUAUAGCUAGUUUUCCGUACAUCAGGAUAGUGCCAGUGGUAUAAUGAUUGUUUAUUAUAAGUACAACUUUUGGAAUUGUUGUAAGCAAUUAAUUUAAAAGCUUCGGCCGUUAUCGAUAGAUGUAGCAUUCUGUCAGACUGACGGGGAGGAUUUCAGGUUUCAUGGUAGGGUAAACAUGUAGUUAGUAGACAUAUAGAAAUAACAUGAAGUUUAUUAUAUAGGAAUUAUUUCGGUGGUAUUUUAGAGUUUACUCUCCACAUUUCAUAUAUAAAUAUUAUAAAUUCUAGUGACAUUGGUCUCAGUUGUAAAACUUUUUUUUUAUAUAUGCUGUCCAUACUCUACAAUGGCAACAACGCUUACAAUUGUUUUGUUUUCAACGUUGAUUUACUAUUGUUAUUAAAUACUGGAACUGUUA